UCGUCGCAUUCUUUUGACGUCAUCCCAACCACCGUCGCACACCAGCGAUCUGAAGUUCGCCACACGUGUGGUUGUUGUAAACUUUCGGCAAUGGCUGGCUCGUUUUCACAACAGCUCGAGGAAUUAUUAAAUCCUUUGCCAAAAUUUGCAGAUCCAGAGGAUGACGGCGAUGAGGCGACCAAAGCCAAAGUGACAGAAAGGUUAGAUGAGGACGACGAUGAAGAUGGGGUCGGUUUCAGUGCUCUGCGGAAGCACAACACAUCACUGCUUUCUGACACUGACAGACGGUAUGUGGGGAAGGCAGUGUCCCGUAAACAACUGUUGAUGGAUAUUGAAGGAUCUGAUGAUGAUGAUGACGGCGAGGAGGUUGAGGAGGAGGAUGAGGAAGAAGAAGAAGAAGAAGAAGAAGGUAGUAUAGAAGAAGGUGGUGAAGAUGAGGAAGACGAUUCUAUGGAGGAUGAAGAUGACGACGAGGAGGAGGAGUUAGUGGACAGUGAUUCACACCCAAAUGCUAAAAUGUCCUCUAAGAUGGAUUCAGACAUCACAUUUCCUAAAGGAGUGGAUUUCCACAAACUAACAGAGGGCAUGGACGAACUGGGAGUCAGUGAAGAUGAUGAUGAUGGCAGCGAUGAGGAGUCUGAAGGUAGCAUUGAAGAUGGAGGUUCUGGUGAUGAUGAUGACGACGACGAAGAUGAUGAUGAUGAUGAUGAUGAUGAGAUGGAAGAAGGACCUGUCCGCACAUUUUCCCGCGAUAAAGUGGACGAGGAGGUUGAGAAAGGCAAGGCUGUGAAGAACCAGCUGGCUCUGUGGGACCAUCUGCUCGAGGGGCGAAUCAAAAUCCAGAAAGCUCUGGCGACUUCCAACCAGCUCCCACAGCCUCAGACUUUGCCAGAGUUCAAGAGGCUGGGUGGAACUGAGCUCACAGGGGCGAUGAAGAACACCCACAAAGCUUUGAAGGCUCUUCAGAGGUCCCUGCUGGAGCUGCACGACCAUCUGCUGUACCAAAAUACGGACACUAGGACCAUCGCUGUGGGGAAGAGGGCAGAUCAGAGCGAAGACGAGGAGAUCGACAGUGAUGAGAACAAAGAAAGCCCAGUGCGGGAGUCUGGAGUGCCCAAACGAAAACUGGAGAUGUCAGAAUAUCCCGACUUCAUGGCUAAGCGUUUCGCAGCUUUCCAGCCAUACAGCAAUGCCACGCUGCAGAAGUGGCACGACAAAACUAGGCUGACUAUGGGCAAAAGUAACAAAGGUUUCGGUGCAUUUGAAAGGAAUAUUCUGACCCAGGUUGAGCAGGUGCUGAUGGACAAUGAAAGGCUCGUGCGGCGGACACAAACCAAGCGCUCUGAGUACAGAGUACUUGGCAAAAAAGAAGCCUCUGCAGUCAUGUCUGACAACAACAUCACAGAGGGAGAAGUGGUAGACCAACCGCUGAAGGCCAACACACAUCUGAAAGAUCUGGAUGAGGACAUAUUUGAUGACGACGACUUCUACCACCAGCUACUGAGGGAGCUGAUUGAGCGCAAGACGAGUGCAGCAGACCCCAAUGAUCAGGUGGCUAUGGGCAGGCAGUGGUUGGCCAUCCAGAAACUGCGUAGCAAGAUCAAGAAGAAGGUGGACACAAAAGCCAGCAAGGGGCGCAAAGUGCGAUUCCACAUCCACAGUAAGCUAGUGAAUUUCAUGGCUCCUAUUGACCACAGCUCAAUGAGCGAUGAGGCACGUAGCGAACUGUAUCGCAGCCUCUUUGGCCAGAACGCCUCAGCCAGGGAGUGAUGUUAAAAAAGAAGCAACAGAGUGUAAAAUAAGCUUCUCUGCCUAUCUGGGAAUGAUGCCAAACAGCAGCUGAAUCAGAACAGACUGAUCCUGCUCACCAUCAGCAGAAACCCUUGAGCCCAGUCGGGUAGUUAUGGUGCACUGACUGGAUGGAAAUUAAAUGGACUCAGACAGCACAUCGAGUUCUUUAAGUUUAUAUUUCAUUAUGUUUUUUUUGUUUUGCUUAGUGACCAGUUUUAAAAAAGAAAUGUUUCAAACUAAACAAAAAUGUGAUUUAUAAGUGGACUUGAAGUAAAAUAAUGUAUGUCUUUUUUUUUUCUCCAAUGGUUCAAGUAAAGUGAUUUACAGCCAA